UUUACUGUAUUUUUAUUUGCAUUAAGGAUAACUAAUCAUUUUUGUUGGUGCACAUUGAGGGGAUGAAGGAAAACAAGGUUAGGGAGCUCUUCCUCAUUUUAGCAGAGGAAGUAUGUGGCUGUGUGCUGUUUUCAGUAGACCAGCGCUCAGUUUAGAUAAGCCCGCAGAGCAGUGCAGGCCACUCACAACACAACUGCUCUUACUGCUGGCCUUCGGUCUGAGACCAGGGCAGUAUUUCUUUGCUCUGAACCACCUGCUUCAACUUUAUUGUGAUCAGCCAGCCAGAACUGAAGCUUUGCCCUCCGGAGGAAACAUGGAUAUUUAACUGCUCAAGUGAAAGCUUCUGUAGAGCUGUGGCCCUUAAACAUAACCAUGGGCAAUGUGAUGAAGCAGGAAAAGACAAACCCAGAGCCAAACAGCUCUGAUACCAUGUUUAAAGACUGUGACAGUCUUGUGGUGCUCUCUGAUUACCCAUGUCGAGACAUUAGUGAACCAAUCUUUAGGAUAGGGGACAAACUCAAAGGUCUUUCUGAAGAUGGUUGCUGGUGGAAAGUCCGUUCUCUUCAAUCGGGAACUGAGAAUUACAUUCCAAGUAAUUAUGUGGCAAAGGUUUAUCAUGGAUGGCUGUUUGAGGGGAUAAGCCGACAGAAGUCAGAAGAGCUUUUGUCAUUGCCUGGUAACAGUGUUGGAUCAUUCCUUAUUAGAGAAAGUCCGAGAGAAAGAGGUGUAUAUUCUCUCUCUGUGAGACACAGGACCGUAAAGCACUAUAAAAUAUUCCGUCUGACUAAUAGCUGGUACUACAUCUCCCCACGGCUUACCUUUCAGUGUCUGGAGGACAUGGUCAAUCACUACUCUGACUCAUCGGAUGGGAUAUGUUGUGUUCUCAGCGCUCCAUGUCUGGCUCUGUCCAACCCUGCCCAGAGCACAAACCUGCAAGCGCCUCCUGUGGUAAUGCGCCGUAACUUGGAUUGGAAGAAAGUGAAUAAGUCACAGCUGAUGAGCCCAAGCGAGCUGGACAAUGCGGACAGCAAAGAUAACAUGAUGAGCUAUGGUGUGAGGAGCAGCAUAGCCGCCUAUAUGUCUUUAACAUCAGUACCUGAGCUAGACAACACCAAAGGUCGCAAAAAGAAGAGCAAGUCUGUCUACGUGAUGCCUGACCACAGUAAUAUAAAUGAAGAUGAGGACUAUUAGCUGAUGAAUGUAGACUUGUAAUCUUUUAACUUUAAACUAGCACAUUGCUAUGGACGGUAAUAUUUUUGCACUGGGUUACGUGAAUCUCUCACAUACACGUCCAGGUCACUUUUAUAUGGAAGCCGUUUCUGCCACUUCUGAGUUUACAUCUUACAAUGCUACAUUUACAUUUAGCAACUUUGAGCUUUUCUCCAAAAUCUGGGUUAACAUCUCAUAAUCUUUUUUUUUUUAAAGUUGUUUGUUCCAUGGAAUAAAAAUAAAAACAGUAAUUGCACAUUUUUAUCUUCCAAUUCUGACUCUCUUUUUUUUUUUUCCCUGCAAUUGCGAAUUAAUAUUAGAUAUAUAGAUAUUUAAGAGUUCACAUUUAUCAAUUCUGAAAAAUUUCUAAAAAUUAUGAGUUUAUGUCUCAUAACUCUGAAUUCUCAGUCAGAUCAGUAUGUUGGUCAGUCAAAAUUGUGGUCAGUCAAAACCUAUUACCUUUAUUUUUUAUUCAUUUUUUUCAUUUUCAUUUUAAUUUUUCUGUGGUGGAAACUGGCUUCCAUAAAUUUCACCCUAAAAUCAAAUAGAAAAAAGUGAUUAUUUUAAUGAUGGUUGUUUACAUUUACUGUAAUGUGUUUGUCAGUGGUGAGUUAUUAGAUUCUCAGUAAUGUGUGUGUGUGUGUGUGUGUGUGUAUAUAUAUAUAUAUAUAUAUAUAUAUAUAUAUAUAUAUAUAUAUAUAUAUAUAUAUAUAUAUAUAUAUAUAUAUAUAUAUAUAUAUAUAUAUAUAUAUAUAUAUAUAAUUAUUAUUAUUUAAAAGAGUAUAUAAAAGGCAAUAAAACAAAUACUAAAAUUAAAUAUAUAAACAUUUUAACAUUUAAAUGUAUAUAAUAUAUAUAAAAGGCCAAUAAAAUGUACUUUUAAUUUUAGGGUGAAAUUUGACCCAGACAUGUUCCUUUUCGGAUUUUGUGAGAUUCACACAUUUCAGUCAUUUCAGUAUGUUUCACUAUUAAUCUUCACUAUUAAGGUAAAUCAAGAAAAAUGUUAACACUACUUUUUUCCUGAUUUACUUUACAUAGCCAAGCACCAAACAUGCUUUUUUUUUUUUUUUACUUUUAAACUUGUUAAGCACACAGUUCCUUCCUUAAAAACACUGAAGCCAAAAUGUUAAUAAAUAGUGCAGCGAUGGAAUGUUACAGGAGCAAGUUUAAUAGCAAUACUUGACUUACGGUUUUAUGAAUAUUUGUGAGUGUGUGUAAAUUCAUAAGCACUUAUAAUUUAAUGUACAUACGUCUUUAUCAAAGAGCAACUGUUUUCUUUCUUUAGUGGGCACAUUAAAAGAAUGAGAGAUGGGA